GAGAGGAAGAAGAAGAAGGGGGAGUGAGGGGAGGUGUAGGAGGAGACUUGACUUGCUUCAGAGGGGAAUAGGAGCCGGAGAGCAAUUCCAAAACAGCUGUCCGGCAGACGUCCCAGUCGACAGAAGUGCAGCCUCGAGGCAGAGACAGGAGGCAGGGCAGUGUCAACAAGCCACAGGAGCAGCAGCACAGCAGCCACUGAUCACACACACACACACACAUUCACACAGACACACACAUCAACCUGGGGCUUCAGCAGUCAGGAGGAACACCAGGGCGAUAUACCUGGGAAGGAUCAAGAUCUCCAGAUCAUCGGAGUAUCUGAGGAAAGUGCUCAUUUGACCGUUCUACACCGCUGGAAUCCUGUUUCCUGAUCGAUGCUGCUAUUGCUGAAAUUAUUUUUGGACUCCUGUUUGACCGGUGUGCUGCUGAGAAUGUAACUGGAGCUUCGCCCCUGGGGAACUGUAACGUCCAGAACUUCUAGAGCGUUUCCGACCUUCCUAUCCUGCGUAUCUGAGCUCUCUGUCUGCAGUUACAGCCAUGCCAGCGAAAGCACCCAUAUACCUGAAACCUACCAAUAACAAGAAAGGGAAAAAAUGUCGCCUCAGAGAUAUGUUGUCCCCAGACAUGAUCAGUCCACCAUUGGGGGACUUUCGCCACACAAUCCACAUUGGCAGGGGCGGGGAGAGAGACGCCUUUGGAGAUAUGUCUUUCCUCCAGGGGAAGUACGAGCUCCUACCGGGGAAGGGCGACGUCCACCCCCAGUACGGCAUCCAAAGUGAGUUUCUGCGAGCCAACAGUACAGGUGAUGCUUCCUUCGCCGAGACUCCCUCUCCAGUACUCAAGAAUGCCAUCUCCCUCCCGACUAUCGGUGGCUGCCAGGCCCUCACCCUUCCCCUGAUCUCCUCCACCGUGUUCUCCAUGCCCCCAGAGCCGCUGGACGACAUCAUUGGGCCUACAGCUUCCAUGAAACCUGACGGCACUGAGGAGGUAGAGAUCCUGCAGAUGGAUGCUCUGUUGCGCUCUAUGGAUGUCUUCAGCAGCGAGCCCUCCUCCCCCUCCCUCCCAGAUAUCCAGUCCAAGCCUGAUGUCCUCUUGGACCUGCUGGAAAACACAGAUAAGUCCACCUCUAAGGCAAUCGCCAAAGCUAACAAAAUAAACAAGAGUGAAAGUAGAUUUGACAAGCCGUCACCCUACUGUAUCAACGGCCACAGCAACAGCAUCUACAAAGCUAACGGAAGCCUGAACAGCAACGCGAGCAGCGACAGCUUUGACAGCUUUAGCGGCAAAGGGGACUUCCAGAGCAAGAUCUGCAACAGUAGCGCGAAUCUCAACGGCAAUGGCAACUGCAAUGGUUACGGACACUUUGACAAUGACAUUACCCUGGGCUUCAAGCAGGAGCUCUCCAAGUGCAACGGAGAGUGGGUGGACAGAGACAGUGGGGUGGAGGAGGGCCGCAUCUGUGAUUUUGAGUUUGAGUUUUCCAAGGAGAAGAGCACAUCGCAGGAUUCCCUCACCCAGAUCACGGGGUCAUUCCUCUCCCUCGAACUUGAUCUGGGCCCAUCCAUCCUGGACGAUGUGCUCAACAUAAUGGAUAAACCCGCAGCGAAGAGCAGGCCUUGAGCUGCGCCGAGGCCCCAGGAGGAGAAAGGGAAUUUUUCAAACUAUAGCCAUGAGAGAGAAAGACUCACGAAGCAAUCAAAAUGGUGUCUGGAUAUAUCAUUAAGAUGAAAAUGAGCUACGGUAGACAGAGCUGCUUAUGUUUUUAUUGUCAAAACAUAUAACUAUUCUAGCUUCUAUGGAGUGUCGAUUCUUCUUCUUCUUUUUUUUUUUUUUGUGUUUGCCAUGCCAGCCGCAUGUUUAGGAUGCAUGUGAUAGUGAGUUACAGCUAAAACACAGCCAUCGUGCCUUUGAUUUUAAAUGAUAGAUUUGUGUUAUGUUGACUUCCACGGUAUGAUAACUUUGAGGUCCUUUGCUUUUUUUUUUUUUUUUACACUCUCAGACUCUCUAUGAACAUAUAUCGUUGUGUGACUUUAAGUGUGUUUAACAAAGCACUAUUUUGUUUGUCACAUAAUUAAUUUGCCACAUUGACUAUUUCAACCAACAGAACACUAUGCAUAUUUGUGUUUUAAAGAUUGUAACACAAAUAAAUUCAUUUUGUCCGA